CGCCGGAUGAUUGAAGACAUAAUUACUGUUUAUUGGUGUGGACGUUAGGCACAUUAGACGGUGCUCCACGCAGUACGCUCCACGCAAGAGUACGGAAUCAAUCUCGUGGAUCCUCUCUUCCAUUGAGGUCAUGUAAACUAAUCGGGAGUCCAGUGACUUUGUGACAAUCUACGUAACUUAUAUUUGGACAAUACAAUAAGUGCUUAUCUACGACCAUGAAUAUUAGAACAAAGUAUAUGUGGAAUUGCGGUUUAUGCAAGAUAUUGUUUUUCUAUUGGAGUUAUAAUUUAAUAUCCCCAAUAAGAGCUUCACCGACUAUAAUAAAGCUCAACUCGACAGAAACUAAUGUGCUAAUAGAAACACAAAAUGAGACGAAUAUUGAACUAUUUCACUGGGAGGACUAUAGUGUGCUUGCAGCGAUGCUUAUUAUUUCAUGUGCCAUAGGAGUGUUUUAUGGUUAUUUUGGAGAGAAGCAGAUGACUGGGGACGACUUCCUCUUGGGCGGUUCGUCUAUGGGAACUUUUCCUAUGGCUUUGAGUUUGGCAGCUAGUUUUAUAACAGCAAUAGAGUUGUUAGGAAACCCAGCAGAGAUGUACAUGGCCGGCGGGCAGUUUUGGAUGAUUUGUUUGGCAUUUGUGCUUGUGGUCCCCGUAACGAGUCAACUAUACCUGCCCGUAUUUAUGAGGCUUCGACUAACUUCGUGUUACGAGUACUUGGAAAUACGCUUUUGCAAAUCAAUGCGUGUGUACGCGAGCUCUCUCUACAUGAUGCAAAUGAUAUUGUAUACGGCAGUGGCAGUGUACGCCCCGGCGCUCGCUCUAUCUGAUGUGACGGGCUUGAACACAUAUUUGGCUGUGUCCGUAGUUUACAUUGUGUGUAUUUUCUACGCUUCUCAGGGCGGCAUGAAGGCAGUUAUAAUGACGGACUCGUUUCAAACCGCGGUGCUACUCGGCUCACUCGCCGCUGUGCUCGCACUUGGCGCUGAAAAAACAGGCGGUUUGGACGCAAUAUGGGACCACGCAAGACGCACCGAUAGGCUACAUUUUUUUGACAUGAACCCUGACCCAACAGUGCGGCAUUCAUUUUGGUCGGUGGUAGUAGGCGGCACAGUGUACUGGAUCAGCAUGUUCUGCGCCAACCAGGCCUCUGUACAGAAGUACCUCUCCGUGGAGCGCGUGUCGCAGGCGCGCAUCGCUCUGUGGGUGUCGGCGAUAGGGCUCGUGGCGGUGUACUCAGUGAACUUCGCUACUGGGGCCCUGCUCGCCGCGCACUACGCUGGAUGCGAUCCCAUACAAGCUGGUGUAAUAAACGCGUCAGAUCGUCUUCUUCCACUUUACGUUGUUGGGCAGCUCGGAGAAAAUCGCGGCGUUCCCGGAUUUUUCGUCGCCGGCAUUUUCGCGGCCAGUCUUGGAACAGUAGCAUCUGCGCUAAACUCUUUAGCGGCUGUUGCGCUGCAAGAUUUAGCGACGGGACUUUUCGGCAUCAAGUUACCAGAAGAAAAAGGCGCGACUAUCGCUAAAUGGGUGUGUCUAGCCUGCGGUGCGCUCUCCUUCGGCCUAGUAUUCGCAGUGGAGAGACUCGGACCAGUGCUGCAACUAGCGUUGUCAUUCAACGGGAUGACCGGCGGCGUCUCUCUGGGCCUUUUUAGUCUUGGAAUGCUUUUCCCUUGGGCAAACGCUAAGGGGGCGAUCGCAGGCGGUGUAUUCGGCCUGGCCCUCGUGCUGGUAGCGGGCGGCGGGGCACAGUACGCGCAGCUUCCUCUGCCGCGCCUGCCUGCGUCUGUGGACUCUUGCCCGGCAACUUUGAAUAUUACAUCCCAUCUGAGUAUAGAUCCAACAGAGAACCAGGACCAAGCCGUGUUCUGGUUGUUCCGCGUGUCGUACCUGUGGUACUCGAGCCUGGGCUGCAUAGCUACGCUGCUGGUCGGGCUGAUCGUGUCCCUCAUCACCGGCGCCACCGACCCCGCCGACGUCCCCAUAGACCUCAUAUCGCCGCCUGUCGUCAGUUUCCUCAACUCAUUGCCCAUCAAAUUAAAGAAAGCGCUGCGUAUUCCAACGAGGCUGGGCUCAGAGCGGCGCAGGAGCUCCAGCGUGCGUCCGCCGAGCAUGGCCGACGACAAGGACACGCGGCGUCGUCGGCGCCUCUCCGAGCUGGCCGGCGGAGUGUUCUACAGCGAUACCCCGACGCUCACGCGCGGACACGACAACCUCGCCCUCGGCCUGGACUCUGAGAAGCCGCCGCCUCAAGAAUACAAACGCACUAGUUUCAAAUUCGAGCCCCCGGUUAACUGUAACAACCCCCAAACUUCUUCGUGUUGACUGUUCAGUGACACAAACAGGGGCUUGUUGUAUAGUGUUAUUGUGUAGACCGCGCUAUUCGUAAACUCGGAAUCCGCUCUGAACUAGAGGCGUGUGGUUGCGCAGUAGGUAAAUUGGAACAUAUCCCAAUCGGGUUACAAAUUAGCUGCGCCGUUCGGCGUGAUGCAAUGUCAGAGCGAACUCGAAGUUUAACGCAAGGUAUAUAAAAAAAAGUAUGAUAUUCAUACUUGGAAUAUCUAGUUACCCAGUUGAAUCGUAUAAUUAACAGUGUUGCUGUGAUUUUUUUGACCACAACAGUCAAAAAAAUCACAGCAACACUGUUAAUAUAGCUUUUUGAAUAAGAUAAUAUAGGUAGUACUAACAUGGUACAAUUUAUUCAUAAAAUAGUAGGUAAUCAAUAAAGUAUUUUUAAAAUAUUCAAUUAACGUUUCCGACUAUUGUUGAAGUGACCAAUAUACCUAUUUUUUAUUAUGGUUUCAGCAAUAUCCAAGUCGAAUUGAUUAAAUACUUUUACGAGUAUAAUAUCGAUAAGAAUUCCAAUGGACGUCAGUUCUGGAAUAUUAUACAAUAUAAAUACCACUUAGGUAUUAGCUGACUCAAUAAACUUCGUACCACCUAAUAUAACUAAAGCCACUGACGAUCAAGUAAGCUCACGUGCCUGCAGCGCUAACGGCUUGACAGCCGAUUAAACUGAACGUGCGUUGGUGCAUGACAUCAGGCCAGAUCAGUUUUAUCAGACAUCAAGCUGUUAGCGCUGCAGACAUGUGGGCUUAUCGGAUGGUGAGUGGCUAGCAGAACGUUCCCUUAGAAAGUUUAUAUUUAAUUUCCCAAUAUCGAUAUUUAAACUGUUUUCGAUUUAGGUAUUUUUUUUUUAACUAUCCCUGUGUGCAAUCAAUGAAAAUUAUUCAAAAUCGGUUUAAUGCAACGUUUUCAGGCGAGAACAUUGAAUAGUAUAACGAAUAUAAUUUCUAAUUAAAUGAAAAAAAACGAUGUGUAUAAGAGAACUGCAUACAUUAUAUUAUAGCUCUUAUAGAUAAUAGCUUCUGUAAUUAUAUUUUUUAUUGAUUUAUUUUAAAAAACAUUAUAGAGUGCAAAAAAGUAGACAGAGAAAUAUGCGAAUAGAUGGCAUCCAUCGCAUAGAUACUCGCGCAAAGAAAGAGAACAACUUAUCUUUAAAGAAACGAGAUAAGGCGAUUUGAUAUACAGCGUGAUGUAGUAAGAUUUAUGUUUUUUUAAAAACUGAAAUAAACCUAGCGUGAGCACAAAUUUAAUCAUAUCAUAAGCUUGCCAGUUAGCUUAAAUUAAUACAUUGAUAAACAACGGUUCAGUGUUAAUCUAUACUAAUAUUAUAAAGCUGAAGAGUUUGUUUGUUUGAACGCGCUAAUCUCAGGAACUACUUGUCCGAUUUGAAAAAUUCUUUGUGUUUGUUAGCCCAUUUACAGAGGAAGACUAUAGGCUAUAUAUCAUCUCCAUAUUCCUAUGGGAACGGGAACCACGCGGGUGAAACCGCGCGGCGUCAGUUAGUAUCGAAUAUAUUUUAGCUUAUAACGCCACUCCAAUCAGUUGUCUAUUUCUUACUCUGUCUACGAAAAAAAUGCACUAGCAAAUGUUUUCACUAUUCGCUGUUCGUAGUUACCUAAUAGUAAUAAUAAUUCAUUAGUACCUAUUCUACUAACGAUAUUAUGUAUAAUAGUAUACUAAAUGUUGUAUAGAUUAAUCUUUAUCCAAAUUCCAUAGAUAUAGUUAAAUAAAAUCAUACUAAAUCUUUGA